CAACAACAUAUAUAUGGUUAAUAUCAAUUUGCAGAAAAUUUAAGCAUUUUUGGGCCAUAAAGGUCUGUGCACUUGAACACCCAUAAUCUAUGAAUGAAUACUAGACGAAUUGUAAGCACGCAACUAAAACCUGCCAGCGAUGUUGUGAAGAGUGUAAGUGACCUUGUAAGGCUGUUAGCAGAACCAGAUAGCACAACCUGCACAAUCUGGAACAUGCGAUGAGGUCAAUGACCAGCAAGCACCAACCAAGACACCCUCGUGCAGAUGAGCUUGGCACUAACAACCAAGACACGGCUGCAGCAUGCCAGUGGCAAGGCAUGAAGAUGGCUAGUCAUCACGCACAUGAUCAUCCAACACAAAAAACUGACCCUCGUGUGUGAGUUUGCCCCUGAUAAUUAAGACACUUUCGACAGGCCCAUAUACUCGUUCAUAAAUGUAUGAAACGAUAAGAAGACAGCAGAGCGGCAUAAACUUGCCUUGAAGACGGGGGACAAACUCUCAGGGCUUAAACUGACAAGAUUCCACUAAAAUGAUAGCUUGAGCAUGCAACUAUGUGAAGAUCCAUCAUCAAACUAUACCAUUCUUAAUUAGUCCUUGCUGCCAAUUAGUGGAACAUGACAGAGUGAACAUGAGACGACUUUUGUGUUGGGAUCUCUAUGCUUUUGCCAGAUCUCUAGGCUGAUGUAAUGGCAUGAUUCUUCAUGUCUACUAAUCAGAUGCUGCAGCACAGCUGUACACAUAUCUUCUGUAUAAAUAGGCGUCAGCAGAAUGGUAGAUGCAUCAAACUAGAAGCUCUUCUUUCUUCCUCCUCUCUUCGACCACAAUACAGAGCAAAUCUUCAAGCUCAGACAUGGCUUUCCACCAAAGAUCGACAAGUUUGCCUUCUAGGCCUCACGUCAGUGAGACCGAAGUCGAGCUAGAGCUUCAGAGCCUAGAAGCAAGCAUCUCUUCCUCUAAUUCCAUCAGCAUGAUGUGCGAUGGUCUCAGGACUCUUGCAAACAUCUACGAUGGUCUUGAAGAAAUCAUCUGCCUACCAAGCAACCAAGUUUGCUCCUCCCAGCAGAGGAGCAUGUUGGAUGGAGAAAUGGACGGUUCUCUUGAGCUGCUAGAUCUCUGCAGCGCCAUGCAAGAGAUCUUUGUCGAGAUGAAGGCCAUCAUCCAAGAGCUGCAAGUGGCUCUAAGGAAAGGUGAUGACGCAGCUACUCAGGUCAAGAUCCAAUCCUACACCCGCUUGGUGAAGAAGUCGAAGAAUCUUUUCAAGAAGACCGCGAAGAAGGCUCCUGCAGAUUGUAGCAUGGUCAUGCUGUUGGCCAAGGCUAGAGAGAUCGCUUUGUCUCUACUGGAGUCCACACUCCAUCUCUUGUCGAAGCAAAUCGAAAUGCCUAAACAGUCUCUUGUUUCCAAGGCAUUUCACAAGAAGAAGGCAGCUGUUUGCAAGGAGGAUCAAUUGUUGGGGCUAGAGUGCAGUAUCGGAGAUCUCGAGAGUGGAGCAGGACAUCUGUUCAGAAAAUUAGUCCAGAGCAGAGUUUCCCUACUCAACAUCCUUAGCUCAUAGAUACUACCAAGUCACUCUUGACGGUCUCCGAUUGGCAUCCGCCUUUUAAGGAAUAGCUGAUCUUCAUACAAUUUUCCCAUAUGUAUACACUAUACUGUACAAAUGUACAUGAUACUAUAGAAAGAGAAACCAAAGUUUUGAUCCA